GAGUCUACACAAUAUGCAUAUCACGAUAACAUCAUUAUAGCCCUAUUGUAGGGGCUUCGCAAUCAUCAUGACUUGUCCAUUCUGCAGCAUAGCAUCCAACUACCCACCAUCCUCAUCUCUCGCAAACCCAGACCUCACCACUCCAUCCGCAUUUGUAGUCCUCAGCACACCUCAGUGCAUGGCAUUUCUCGAUAUUAUGCCGCUUUCUCCUGGACAUCUACUAGUCACAACUCGUAAUCACAAUGAAAAAUUAUCGGACGUGAGUGAAGAAGAAGCGCGAGAGCUGGGUGAAUGGCUCCCGAGACUAUCUCGAGUGUUAGCUAAGGUCACCGGUGUGUGGGACUGGAAUAUUGUUCAAAACAACGGAGCGGCUGCAGCGCAAGUGGUACCGCAUGUACAUUUUCACAUUAUCCCGAGACCGGGGCUAACUCCCGAGUUACGCAAUCGAUCUUUUACGAUGUUUGGGAGGGGGCAGAGAAGCGAGUUGGAUGAGGAUGAGGCCAAGGUUUUAGCGGCGCAAUUGAGGGAGGAAUUGGGGAGAGAGAUGGAGGGGAUUGGGAAGGGCAAACUAUAGAAGGCGUUUAUUGAAUAUACCAAGCACGCGUGCGAGAUUGAGAUAGGAAAGUGAGAUAUCCGUAUCUGGGAGCUGUUUAUUAAUGUAUGAGAGCAAAGGAUCGAUUGGGAGAGGAAGUAAAUUGUACAAUAAAGAUGGGACGCACAGGAACGGUGUGCAUAUACUGGUUGGACAUAAUACAAAGGUUCUCAUAGGCUAUGCUGAAGUUUUGGAACAUGCUUGGAUCUCGGGUUAUGAUAAACACAAUGCUUGGGGAGGGUGGCAUGAAUACGGCACCGAGUGCGUCGAAAGAGGAGCAACUAAGCAGCCACUAAUCAAAAAGAAC